UGCGCCGCCUCCCGGCCGUACAUAAACGCAGCCCCGCUCGCCGCCAGCCAGCGCCGGCAGACGGAGGCGAACGAGCUGCCCCCGGGAGGGAAGGACGCCCCGAUCGGCGGCCAGGAGGAGGAGGAGGAGGAAGGCGCCGGGCCGGCCAUGGCCUUAGCCGACAGCGCCCGGGGGCUGCCCAACGGCGGCGGCGGGGCGCGCUCGCAGCCCGAUCCCUCAUCUUCGGCGGCGCCGUCGCGGGGCGAGGCGGCCGCGCCGGAGCUGGUGGAGCUGAACGUGGGCGGCCAGGUGUACGUGACCCGGCUCGGGACGGUGUUGUCGGCGCCGGGCUCGCUGCUGUGCCGCCUCUUCUCGCAGCCGGACGCGCCGACGGUGCCCCGCGACGCCAAGGGCCGCUUCUUCGUGGACCGCGACGGCUUUCUGUUCCGCUACAUCCUGGACUACCUGCGCGACCGGGACCUGGUGCUGCCCGAGCGCUUCCCGGAGCGCGGCCGCCUGCGCAGGGAGGCCGAGUACUUCCAGCUGCCCGAGCUGGCCCGCCGCCUGGCCGACGCCCCGACGGCACGUUUCUCCGGGCUGUUGCGCGACGCUUCGUUGUGCUCUGACGAGCCGCCGUCGGGGCUGGGCUUGCUGGACACGGAGCUGUCCGAGGGCGGCCGCAGCCCGUCGUCGGGGGGACCCCUGCUGGCGCCCUCGCUCUCCCUCGACGGGGCGGCCGGGGGCCGGCGCUCUGGCUACAUCACCCUGGGCUACCGCGGCUCCUACACCAUAGGGCGGGAGAUGCCAGCCGACGCCAAGUUCCGAAGGGUGGCACGUAUCACUGUCUGUGGCAAGACGGCCCUGGCCAAGGAGGUCUUCGGUGACACCCUCAACGAGAGCCGCGACCCCGACCGGCCCCCUGAGCGCUACACGGCUCGCUACUACCUCAAGUUCAAUUUCCUCGAGCAGGCCUUCGACCGUCUGGGUGAGGCCGGCUUCCGCAUGGCUGCCUGCUCGUCCACCGGCACCUGCGCCUUCGCCCCUGAGCUGGGCGGCCCGGCCGAUGACAAGAUCUGGACCAGCUACACCGAGUACGUUUUCUGCAGGGACUGAGGACGAAAAGAACAAGGCGACGAGUCCCACCCCUGUGAGGACACUCAAGGCGGCUUACAAACUCCUUCCCUUCCUCUCCCCUGCCGGAGGGGGCAACCCAUGUCGGCCUUUCAGACGUGUGCUGGGCGAUCUGUGUGUCGAGAGCCCCCCAGCGUGCAUCUGACAUGACCCUGUGCAGUACUGUCCUGGCCAAGGGUUUCGGGUGCCUUUACCCACUGUAUGGCAGGCAGGAUUUGGGUAGGAUUUGCUGCCUGGUGUGGCCCUGCUGUUUGAGAUCUUAGGGAAGUUGUAGCUUGGUGAGACCGCAUCUAUGGAAGUUCUCAAGUCCAAUCUCCAGUGUAAAGGAACAGGUGGUAGAGGAAUCUCUAUCUGAGACCCAGAGAGCUGCUGCUGGCCUGAGUAAACAAUACUGACUUUGAUGGACCAGGAGUGUCAAGCUUGCCCGGCAGAAGAACUCAUCAGUGUGACUUGGCCUGAUGUCUCCUUGAAGGGCCAAUUCAACUGGAGGCUGGCUAGGCAGAGCUGUCCUUCCCCACCCCCUCCCCCCAUGGUGUAACUCUGCACAUUCUCAGAGCCUACAGCCUACAGCAAGAUACUGUGUGUUUAGUUAGCUCAUGUGGGGGUCCUCUUCUGGUGUGUUUUAGUGGGCCUGGCGCAGGUUACAGCCCCUUUGAAACUAAAGAGUGCCUGGGGAAGUUCUCUGCCUUGCCACCCUCGGUGUGAAAUGGGGCUCAGCCCAGCUGCUACCUGUGACAGGUGCUCCAUUUGCACAUCAGGGUGGGAACUGCCUUGGCUGCAGCCGUCAGGCACGAUAACUUGGCUCACAGUGCCGCUUUGUGCUGGUUUUCAAAGGCAAAUGCCUCUUCUGCCUCACCAGCAUCAUAUUUACAUCAGAUCUAAUAUGUAUUUUAAAAAAUCUUGGUAAAGUAAAACCAAGCCCUGUGGCUCAGAGUGGUCAGCGGCAGUACUGCAGUCCAAGCUCUGCUCACAGCCUGAGUUUGAGGCCAGAGGAAGUCAGGUUCAGGUAGGCAGGCCUAGGCUGGUCCCUCCGAAGUCAGUGAAAAGUGAAUCACACCGGGGGUAAAGAGUACCCUGUAAAUCACAGUCUGCCUAGUCAAUGUCUUGAUGUGACAUUAUCCAUGGGUCAGUAAUGACCUGGUGCUUGUGCAGGGGGCUACCUUUACCUUUAUAGCAAAGCCACCCCUUCUGUGUAACCCUGCGAGGUGUAGGUGUUCUCCAUGUGUAGUCUUGGCGGGGCUAGCCUCACCUCAAAAUGGUUGAGUGGCUCCCUGGUGUAUUCCUUCCCCCCCCCCCUCCAUAGAUUUGUUUUGUGAUGGUCCCUUCAUGAUUCUGCCUGUUUCCACACACAGAGAUGAUUCUCCAUGUAGCUCUUGCAAAUGCAGAGGUAUUUGCAGGGGUAACAUAGCCGACACAACAGCUUUCUUUACUGCCAUAUUCUCUUCCCUGCAGCUUUUUUUUUGGGGGGGGGGUGAGGAAUUUCUAGAUUGUUUUAAUAUUAGAGCACUGUAGUAAUUGAUUGCAGCAACUUACCAGUUCCCAGCUUCCUUAAAAAAAUCAAGUAUCUAGCCCUUUUAUUGCGAAGAUAUAAAGGGAAAUAUGCAGCUUGCACAUGUUACCUUAUAACUUUGUGAGGAAAAAUGGCUAGAGACAUUAAAAUUAACAGUGAAACUAAUAGUUAUUUAACAAUGAAUUAUGUGUGCUAAGAUUUUGCGGAGAUACCUAAUUGUAUAACUGUGUUUUCUUUUGCUUCUGAAUGGCCCAUGGGCUGUCAUAAAAGCUGAACUGAAGCUAGGGACUUUUAAAAAAAAGAUGGGAACUUCCACAUUGCUUCUAUAGAUUAUUGUUUUGUUUAUAUUUUUAAAUUUGGAGCCCACUUUCCCCCCUCAUUGUGAACUUAUCACAUCGUUCUCUCCGCCUCCAUGUUAAUGUCUGAACUGUGAGGUGAGGUUAGGUCAUUAUAAUGUUAAGCUAUGGCUAUUAGUCAAUUACUAGUUUACCCCCUUCCUUUAAAAAAUCCCUUUAGGGGCAGGCUUGGUGGGUAGAGGCAAGGAUAAUGGUGGCUGGAAUGGAUGGGAUUGCAAAAAUAUGCACCUCCCAGCCCACAUGACAUCUGAAGGCACUUUGCUUAUGAUCUUUCCCAGAAGAGCAUACUGAGACAGAUUUGGGAAAGACCGCAGCACAGUGUGUACAUUUGGAGGCGGGCGUGACAAAUCGAAGGUGACAUCAUGCGGCUGCUCCUCCAAACGUUUCUGCUGUGCUGAUGCAGAGCAAAACGUUCACGUGGGAACAGCCUCUGAAUGGUAAACUCCUGUACCCCUCACGUGCUCAUCCAAAGAAUGCCUUCUGUAUACAGGAUGGGAGGGAAGGUCCCCUUAUUCUCCCCUUUAGCUUUGCUAGAGAGCAUUGUGAAUGCCCCUGAUGGCUCUUUCUGUAUCUAGUGCGCUUCCCAAAGGCCACCUUGCACGCAGUGUGGGGUGUCUGUUUAGGUCACUUGCUCUUGUGCGUUGUAGAUUACUAUCCCUGGUCCCUUCCGCACAUACAGAAUAAUGCACUUUCAAUCCACUUUCAAUACACGUUGCAAUUGGAUUUUACUGUGCGGAAUAGCAAAAUCCACUUGCAAACAAUUAUGAAAGUGGAUUGAACGUGCAUUAUUCUGCAUGUGCGGAAGGGGCCCCUGUUACCUUUCCUUUUUUGUGGUUGCUACUCAGAGGUCUUCCCUCUCAGUUGGGAGGCAUAACACAAUGCCUCCAGAAAAGACAAUUCUUUUGGCAUACUUGUGGUGCCUCCCGCAUAGCUUUCUCACUUGUCCUGUCAUACCUGUGUUCUCCUGAUGAUGAUAAAGAAGAGUUUGGAUUGAUAUCCCCCCUUUCUCUCCUGUAAGGAGAGUCAAAGGGGUUUACAAAUUCCUUUCCCUUCUCCCCUCACAAAAACACCCUGUGAGGUGGGUGGGGCUGAGAGAG